AUGAACAAUGUCUUGCCCUAUAAUCUCGACUCAGGUCAAUACUCCUACGACAGCCCGCUGAAGGGCUGGAAAAGUUCACUGGGUACAAAAGGCUCAAACCUCGAAGACAAAGUCCGUGACGAUGGAGACGCUCGUCCUCUGAGUGAAGCUUAUGAUCGCUUCACCUUACCCAUAUCAAAUGGCGGACGAGGCGACACCCAGCUCCCUGGAUUCGAUGUCCAUAUUUAUUUUGACACGACAAAUGACUUCCAAUCAAAUUUCGCGGCUCAGCUCUGGAAAAGAAUCGAUCUGGAAUUUCCCGAGAUCCGUCUUUAUCCCAUUCAAUACAAGCCGAGUGGCCCACAUAGAGCUGGCAUGUUCGAGGUUGCCCUGUUCACACCCACUCAAUUUGGUGCAUUCGUUAGCUGGUUAGUUAUCAACCGCGGUCCUCUCAGCGCCCUCAUACACCCCAAUACAGACGACGAACUGAGGGACCAUAUCCAACGGUUUGCAUGGCUAGGACCUGAGGUUCCCUUGAACAUGGACCUGUUCAGGCUGAGACCAGAGGCUGAGCUGUUAGACUCCAAGAACAACAUUAUAACUAAAGUAUGGGUUGAAGGGACCACUGUGAAAACAAAAAGGGUGAAGGUUGUUGAAUGUACAAAUUGA